AUGGCAACGAAGGGUGUGGCCAGAUUGUUCACCAACGCUACCAGGCCGACACCGUUACUGCCCCAAGCACCACGAACCCACCGCUUGUUGUCAACGAGCCCUGUUCAGAAUCAUGUGCAGACACUUCUCCAGGAUAAAGAGAAUGGAUUUGGAUUUAUUCGACACAACCCCCGCACGCCUAAGCCUCGCACAAAGGGUGUGACUGAGAUCCGAGGCCCCUACUACUCAUCGUAUGGAAAGCGUCACCUUCAGGACGUGUUGGAAACCAUGGGGUACCACGUUGACGGACUCAAAUUCGCUGGAGGCAGCUUCUCGAUGAUGCCCGAAGAGCGAGUCCGAGAGCUGAUUGACCUAGCUCACGAACAUGACGUGUAUGUGAGUACAGGAGGGUGGAUGGAACACAUCUUGACUCAACCCGACUCCAAUACCACGGUAGAGAAGUACUUGCGGAAGUGCAAGGACCUAGGAUUCGACGUGAUUGAGAUCUCGUCAGGGUUCCUAUCUUUCCCGCCAGACGACUGGUUGCGAUUGGUGGACAAGGUGCACAGCAUGGGAAUGAAGGCGAAACCCGAGUUAGGCAUCCAGUUCGGUGCGGGUGGUGAUACAGCAGCAGAGGAUCUCGAAGCCACCGGUACAUCCGACCCCAGCAAGGUGAUCAAUCUCGGUAAGAAGUUCAUCGAAGCCGGCGUUGAAAGGAUGAUGAUUGAGAGCGAAGGGAUCACCGAGAACGUCAAGAGCUGGCGGACGGACGUGAUCCAGUCAAUCUUGCGGGACCUACCUCAGGAGAAGGUCAUGUUUGAGGCGGCGGAUCCUCCAGUCUUCAACUGGUAUGUCCGCGAAUUUGGCAUCGACGUCAACCUGUUUGUGGACCACUCGCAGAUUGUGCAGUUAACCUGUCUGCGCUCGGGUAUUUGGGGCAUGGCCGACACAUUUGGCAAGAUUGUGAGCUACAGAGAAUGA